AUGAAUCGUCAUCAUCAUCACUCUCGUUUCUUCUUCUUCUACCUGAUGAUUCUCUUUCUUUCUCAAGAUUUUCCCGCACUUUCUCUCCGUUUCUCGCCGCCACAGCACAACUUAACCCUCUUCGGCGACGCCUACUUUCGCGACCACACAAUCUCACUCACCCAUCAAAAGCCCUGUUUUCCGUCGUCGCCGGUAAACUCCUCCUCCGGCAUCGGACGAGCACUCUACGUUUACCCAAUCAAGUUUCUAGAACCUUCCACAAACACCACCGCUUCUUUCUCCUGCCGCUUCUCCUUCUCCAUCAUCUCCUCUCCUUCUUGCCCCUUCGGCGACGGAUUCGCCUUCUUGAUCACCUCCAAUGCCGACUCAUUCGUCUUCUCCAACGGCUUCUUGGGUUUGCCCGAUCCGCAUCACUCCUUCAUCGCUGUCGAGUUCGACACUGGUUUCGACCCGAUUCACGGCGAUAUCAACGACAACCAUAUCGGAAUCGAUGUAAAUUCCGUCUUCUCCGUCGCUUCCGUCGACGCGAUUUCAAAAGGGAUCGAUCUCAAGAGUGGUAGAGAGAUGAAGGCGUGGAUUGAGUACAGUGACGCUCUCAAACUCAUUAGGGUUUGGGUCGGGUUUUCUUCCGUCAAGCCUCCAACUCCGGUUUUAUCCACACAGAUCGAUCUCACCGGAAAAUUCAAGGAGUAUAUGCACGUCGGCUUCUCCGGUUCAAACACCGCAACUGGCUCAGCUCUGCAUAUCGUCGAGCGAUGGAGAUUCAGGACUUUCGGAUCUCACAUUGACGCGAUUCAAGAAGAUGAUCAUGAUGACGAUUGCUUGGUCUGCUCAGGCGAUGAUCUGAAGAAUAAUCCGAUUGAGAUUCACCGUAAAGGUUACGACUUUAGGGUUUCGGUUAUUGGAUUAAAGAUCCCAAUCUGGAGUCUCUUUCCUGGUUUAGCUGCGAUUGCGAUUCUCACUGCGUUUAUUGUUUUCUCAAUGAUUCGGAGCAAGAAGAGAAGGAUUUUUGAGAACCCAGAGGAGCAAGUCGGAGGAGAUAAUCACUCGGGACUCAACAGGAUUCCGGGAAGGUUAUCAUUGGCAGAGAUUAAAUCGGCGACAUUAGGGUUUGACGAUGACACUAUCGUGGGUCAAGGAGCUUCAGCUACUGUGUACAAAGGCUCGAUCCCUACGAUCGGAUCCGUGGCCGUGAAACGGUUUGAUCGAGCUCACUGGCCACAGUGUAACCGGAACCCAUUCACCACAGAGUUCACUACCAUGACUGGUUACUUGCGGCACAAGAAUCUGGUUCAGUUCCAGGGCUGGUGUAGUGAAGGCACCGAGACGGCUUUAGUGUUCGAGUACUUGCCCAACGGAAGUUUAAGCGAGUUCCUGCACAAGACACCUUCAUCGGAAGGAGAAGAGUUCAUAGUCCUCUCUUGGAAGCAACGGGUUAACAUCAUCCUCGGGGUUGCCUCGGCGCUCACUUAUCUACACGAAGAAUGCGAGAGACAGAUUAUUCACCGUGACGUCAAGACUUGUAACAUAAUGCUUGAUGUAGAGUUCAACGCCAAGUUAGGUGAUUUCGGUUUAGCUGAGGUUUAUGAGCACAGUGCAUUGUUAGCAGGACGUGACGCUACGCUCCCGGCAGGCACUAUGGGUUACUUGGCACCUGAAUACGUUUACACAGGUGUACCCUCUGAGAAAACCGACGUGUACAGCUUCGGUAUCGUGGUUCUCGAGGUUUGUACGGGGCGUAGGCCGGUCGGGAAUGACCAGAGCGUGCUUGUGGACCUGAUGUGGAGUCUGUGGGAGAAAGGGAAGGUCUUGGAUGGUGCUGACGUGAUGCUCAAGGAAGAGUUUGAUGCGGAGGAAAUGGAAAGGGUGUUGAUGGUUGGGAUGGUAUGUGCGCAUCCUGACUGCGAGAAGCGGCCGCGUGUGAAGGAGGCUGCAAGGAUUAUACGCGGGGAGGCGCCGUUGCCAGUUCUUCCGGCGAGGAAGCCUUUGCUAAGGAUCCGGGUGGCUACGGAGGCGGAGCAGAUGGUUGCCGAUGGUUUGUGUGGGGAGGAUCUUCCUUGGAUGACUCCUAAAUCUCACUUUUAG